UAUACAUCUAUUUUGAAGACUGGCACAAAUGCUACUUUGACUUGGCAUUUCUCCAAUAUUAAAUAUUCGCUACGAAAAUUUUCAAGUGUUUUGACUAUUGAAUGAUUCUGGGCAGAAAUGUGUUUCACCUAAACGCGUUAAUAGUUUAGUUUAAAUUUCCAAAGUAAUUAUCCAAUGCUGAAUACGCAAAGGUAUUCCAGGCCAAAAUUCAUCAAAAUCCGAAUUCUAGACUCAAGAUCAUGGCUUCCGUCGAUUUAGGGAAUCCAUCUAACAAACAAACAGUGACUGUCACCGGAGUUGAAGAAACCCUAGACGACCGAAUCAGUCAAUUGCCGGACUCACUCCUAAUUCAAAUUCUCUCUCUUUUGCCAACCAAGGAGGCAUUCAAAACCUGUAUUCUAUCAAAAAGGUGGCAGUAUCUCUGUACUUCAGUUUAUAACCUAAAUUUCACUGACGCAGAAAAUAUGCGACAAGAAGCCUUUAUAUCCUAUGUAGACUAUGCAUUAGCUCGUUGCACUUCUUCCAAAAUCAAAAAAUUCCAGCUCACUUUCGGUUGGCAGCAUGUUUACUGGUCGCAAUACAGCCAAUGGCUGGCGUUUGCUGUCGAAAAAAGAGUGGAACAUGUUGAAUUGAAGUCAUUUGGUGAUGAUUAUGACAUUUUCACAUUGCCUCAAUUCAUCUGCACUUGUUCAUCGUUGAUAACAUUGAAAUUGAUCCGUUGUGCACUUGAUAAAGAAGUAAUUAUAGCGUGGAAGUCGCUAAAGAGCUUAGUGUUGAUCGAUAUGGUGUUAGAUGGUGACGAUAUUGUGAACCUACUGUCAGGUUCUCCUGCUUUGGAAACUUUGGAAUUUAAUUUAUGCAUGGGUUUCCGUCGUCUGGAAAUUAGUUCGUCAAAUUUGAAGAGACUAAAUAUUAAAAGCUGGAGGUUGUUGGAUGUCGAAGAUGAUCAUUCCUUGGAAAUUUUUGCGCCAUAUCUUCAGCAUUUGGAGAUCUCUGGAAGUAUUUCUGAUCUCAAGUGCAGGCUACUAAAUGUAUCCUCUUUGGUCAAUGCUAAACUUACUUUCAAAAUUGAUUGCGAAAAAGAUAUUCAGGAUUGGAAUGGAUAUUAUGUCGAUGAUGCAGAGGACAGUUGUCGUGAUUAUCAUCAAUCAUUUAUCAUAGUCGUGCAAGAUUAUCUUCAAAAGUUAAGUAAUGUGACCAACCUCACAAUUGGAACAUGGUUAACAGAGGUCCUGUGCAUGCUGCAGCUCGAAGAGGUGCCAAUUCCAGAACUAAAAUGCAAAUAUCUAACGCUAGAGUUGCAUUUGAAAAAGCUUAAUUUGUAUGGGGUAGCUAGCCUUUUGCGAGCCUCGCCUCAUGUGGAGACACUCAACAUAGACAUGGCAACGAUGAGUCUUCAUGAUUCCUUCUGUCACUUUAAGUUAAGAUAUUUGGCCAAAGGAGAUAAUGUUGAUUUGCGGAGAUGGACUUCAAGCUUUGUGUGUCCCAGCCUCAAGAAUGUUAAGAUUAUCAACUCCUUGGGGGUGUGCUUGAAGGAUCAUUUCACACAGGGCUGUGACAAGCUUUUCGAACUUUCAAAAUUUCUGUUAAAGAAUGCGACUGUUUUGGAGAAGUUCUUUAUCAUAUCAAAGACAAGAAAGUGCAGGAGAUGUUCAACGGACUGUGUGUCCCGAUAUUUUUUUCAAUUGGCUGAGAAAUUGUUAGGUUGUCCAAGAUCCUCAACCAAUUCUGUGAUUAUCUUCCAAGAGUGAGCUUUCCACGACUUGACUGCAAGUAGUUUCCUGUCGCAGGAUACAAGAAAUGUUGACUUAUAUUGAGUUGUCAAAGUAUAUUUCUGUUGAUUUUAGGUUACAACUUCAUAGUUUGUUAAUCUUGAUGUACGACUUGAAAGUUCUGCAUUACCUAAAGCCUAGCUUCAUUCAUUA